AUGUUGACUUUUGAUGAUGUUUUGGAAGAAGUAGGAGGAUUUGGAUUAUAUCAGAAGAUCACAUUAUUUUUUGUAUGCCUGACCUCAGCGGCGUUCGCCUAUCUCUAUGUUGGAUUUGUUUUUUUAGCAGUUACUCCUGACCAUUGGUGCAGGAGCCCUGGGGUGACUGAGCUGAGAGAUAAAUGCAACUGGUCUCUGGAACAGGAGAAGAAUUAUACGUUACCUGUGGGGCAAUCGGGCAGCUCCUCAUACAGUCAGUGCGAGAAAUACAAUGUUGACUGGAACGCCUCUUCAGGCAGCUGUGAAAAUCCACUGCUACUUAUUCAGAACGGAUCCCAAGAUUUGCCACUCACAACAUGCCAGGACGGGUGGAUUUUUGAAAAUGGCUCCAUUUCCAGUAUUGUGACUGAGUUUGAACUGGUAUGUGCUGAUUCCUGGAAACUGGAUCUGUCUCAAGCAUGUUUAAACCUGGGAUUUACACUUGGAACAGUAAUCAUGGGUUAUGGAGCAGACAGGUUUGGCAGAAAAUCGAGCUUCCUGUUUGCAACAUUUGUAACUUCAGUUCUGGGACUUGUAGUACCAUUCUUACCGAACUACACUUGGUUUUUGAUUUUCCGUACGUUGCAAGGCUUGUUCAGCAAAGGAAGUUGGGUGUGCGCAUAUGUCUUCAUUACAGAGCUUGUUGGACUACAGUACAGAAGAACAGUGGGUAUUCUAUAUCAAGUGUGUUUCAGCUCAGGGAUGAUGCUACUUGCAGCUGUUGCUUAUUUUAUACCAGACUGGAGAAACCUACAGCUGGCUACUACCAUUCCAGGCUUUUUCUUCCUGACCUACUACUGGUUGAUCCCAGAGUCUCCCAGGUGGAUGCUGUCUCAAAAGAAGAAUACUGAAGCUCUGAAUGUCAUACAGCAAAUGGCAAAAAGGAACGGGAAAAGCUUUUCAAAGAAAAUUGAGAUAGUUGAAGAGCACAGUGAGGACUUUGAUCGUCCUUCCUUUGUGGAGCUGGUACGGACUCCUCAGAUGAGGAAACACACCUUUAUCUUGACGUUUAACUGGUUCGCUAUUACCUUGGUAUACCAAGGGCUUAUCAUGCGUUUGGGAACUCUGGGAGGAAAUAUUUACCUUGACUUCUUCAUUUCGGGAGCAGUAGAAAUCCCAGCAGCAAUUCUCAUCCUUUCAACCAUUGAGAGGAUUGGACGGCGCCUUCCAUUUGCGGCAGGUGGUCUGUUGUCAGGGUGCACUUGUCUAAUAGCUGCAUUCAUACCUGAAAGUAUCAGUUGGUUGGCAACAGCAAUAGCCUUUGUGGGUAAAUUAGGAAUCACUAUCUGCAUCGAAAUGGUGAUAUUUGUAAAUACUGAACUAUACCCAACAUUUAUAAGGAACCUUGGUGUUUCAGCAUGCUCAUCACUGUGCGAUAUUGGAGGGGUUGCUGCUCCAUUCAUUGUGUACCGACUGUCAGAAAUCUGGAUGGGGUUACCUCUUGUGGUUUUAGGGGUGCUUGGUUUGAUUGUUGGUGGCCUAGUGUUGCUCUUGCCUGAAACAAAGGGCAUGGCUUUACCAGACACCGUUGAAGAUGUGGAGAAUCUCAGUCGGUAA